ACGUAGACAGUGUGUGUGUGCGUGUGUGUGUGUGUGUGUGUGUCUAGAGAGAGAAAGAGUUAGAUAGCUUGCAUAUAAACGGGGGCGGAGCUUUUAGUUGUCAGGGACAACCGCGUCAACACAGUCGGGAGAAAGGCAGUGUGCGGGUGCGCGCUUUGUGUCCACACCGUGUUCUCCACACAGACCUGAGGAAAUUACUCAGGGACAGGAUCUUCUCCUGGGCUCGAGCUCUCAGACACUUCUUGCUGUUAACGUAAAAAGGAGAGGAGAAGCAACAAGAGAUACGGGAUUAAGAUUUCUUUUUACACACCUUCUCUUUCAUCGCGCGUUUAACUCGCAGCAGCAGCGGCAGCAGCGUGCUCUCCACAUUUCUUUAUUCUGUCUCUUUUACAUCGUUUCCCUUCUUCUGUAUGUCUGUGUGGGAGAAGAGAGGAGACAACGUAAUGCUUUCAUAAAUGUGAAUGGGAAGAAGUGUGUGCAGCGAUUUUAGGGAGCGAGUGGACACGUAGAGAGAGAGAGAGAGAGAGAGAGAGAGAGAGAGAGAGAAGAUGGGAAAAUCCAACAGCAAACUCAAGCCAGAGGUGGUGGAGGAGCUGACCAGGAAAACCUACUUCACUGAAAAAGAAGUCCAGCAGUGGUACAAGGGUUUUAUUAAGGACUGUCCCAGUGGGCAACUGGACUCAGCUGGCUUUCAGAAAAUUUACAAGCAGUUUUUUCCCUUCGGGGAUCCCACCAAGUUCGCUACAUUUGUCUUUAACGUCUUUGAUGAGAACAAGGAUGGACGCAUUGAAUUCUCUGAAUUCAUCCAAGCGCUUUCUGUCACCUCCAGAGGAACACUGGAUGAAAAACUUAGAUGGGCCUUUAAACUUUAUGACCUUGACAAUGAUGGCUACAUAACUCGAGAUGAGAUGCUGAACAUUGUGGAUGCUAUCUACCAGAUGGUGGGAAACACAGUGGAGCUACCAGAGGAAGAAAACACCCCAGAGAAAAGAGUAGAUCGCAUUUUCGCUAUGAUGGACAAGCCCCCAGAUUUAAGGAGUGAGUUAGGGGCUUGGAGUGACUUAGGGGAUUGAAAUAAAAGAACACUGGAGCUUACCUGUAGAGCUUGUAUGAAUACACUCAAGUGUCAGACACAAUCACAAAUGGUGGCAGCAGUGAAGGGUCUGCAACAGAUAAAAGCACUGUGAGUGUGGAGUGCCGUUGCUACAUGUUCCAGAUCUUCAUCCAAGCUUAGCAUGAAAGAGACGAGCCAUUUGAAAGAGAAGCUGUGAAACAAGAACAAAGGUGGCAUUCACUACAAUGUCAGUUUUGUCUGUUGCAAGAGGAUGUGCGUAGAGGCAUUUGAAUGCAUUGCCUUCAAGGAUCUAGGUGGCCCAAAAAGGAGUGGGCAUUGCAUCUUGUAAUGCUGCUUCAAGGUAAAUAUGUGGACAGCAUAUGUGGCCAUGGACUUUGAUGAGGCUUUGUUCCUAUGAAAUCAGUAAAGAAACUAACAGGCAGCACUUCAGAGAAAACAAUGUACUUGAGGGCAAAAUGCCAACAGAGUUCUUAACAAGAUUGAAGGUCCUAUAUGAGAAAUGGAUAACUAUAAGCAAGAAAACUAAAGAGGACUAGACAGUAUUCUAAAAUGGUGAAUCCAAAGCUGAAGGCUUAGAUUUUUGAAUGCAGCCCAUCAUCCGUGAAACAAGCACUGGAAAAUGGUGGAAGCAUAUAUGGUAAUGAGACAAGUAAAAGAUGAAUUACAGCUUGUCAGAGAUAGACCCAGAUCCAGCUUUGUGACUGGUAAGUUUGGGAGAGGGGUUGACAUUGGUCCAAAAUAGCAGGGUACUUGUACCACUGCACAAGGAUGUUGAGUUAAAGAAAACUUUAAAGGGAAAAAACGCACACAACAACUUUAAGAAAGAAACACAACUGAAAUGCAACAGUUGUACCCAUAUAGGUCACAAGUAGCGUGAAUACCCUAAGCUAAACAAAAGAAAUCAGCUGAGCCGUAAAAAUGACUUACCUAUAGCAAAGAAGCCCAAAAGAAAGCAAUCAGAAAGGGACAAAAGACAAGAGAAAGUUAUGGCAGUAGAAUAGUGGAGCAGUUAAAACACCUGUUAGCAAUGAAACAUUGUGUUACAUAGCAACAUAACCUCAGAAAAAAAGAUGAACCAUUUAAAAUUCAUUAUUUACUAAAUGAAAGUGGUCUAAGGGGUAGUGGUGGCUUGGCGGUUAAGUCUCUGGGUAACUGAUCAGAAGGUUGAGGGUUCAAGCCCCAGCACUGCAAGGCUCUGGGUUAAUGAUUUGAAGGUCGGGGGUUCAGGCCCCCACUGUUGGGCCCUUGAGCAAGGCCCUUAACCCUCUCUGCUCCAGCUGUAUCAUGGCUGACCCUGUGCUCUGACCCCAACUUCCUGGCAUGCUGGGGUAUGCGAAGAAAAGAAUUUCACUGUGCUGUAAUGUAUAUGUGACAAAUAAAGAUUCAUUAUACAUUAUAUAUGUAGGAGAGGGGCGAGUUAUUCUUAAGGAAGAUAAAUUGUACGGAGUCAAGGAGGUGAGCGAGUACUUAAUGGUUCCUAAAUCUCUCAGAAAGAAAGCACUAAAACUGGGACACUCAGUACUAUGGGCAACUAGGACAAAACAAAACAAUUGAUAGAAUAGCAGUCAGUAUCUAGAUGGGGUGGAAUUUUGUAAAUCAUGUCCAGAGUGCCAGUUAAAAGCCCCAGGACAGAAAUCUGACCCUUUAAUAACGUCAGUCAAUCAAUCAUGAGGUGCCAUUUUCAAGAGUUGCCAUGGCUAUAGUAGAUCCCCUGCCAAAAGUCAUUUGGGAAACUAUUAUAUUUUGAUAAUCUGUGACUACAUAACUCGCUAUAUGUUACCUUUGAAAAAUAUGCCAGAUAAUAAAUGCCCUAAUACAAGUGACUUCUAGAGCAGGCAUACUGAGUAAAGUACUGACAGAUCCAGGCACUAAUUUUAUAACACAGCAGAUAAAAGAGGUGUUCACACUGUUAGGAGCAUUAAAACCCCCAUACCAUACCAUACUACCCCCAAACUGGCGUGAAGGUGGAGUGUUUGAUUAAAACACACAAGAACAUGCUGGGCAAGUACAUGAUGGAGACCAUAGCUGACUGGGAUACCUGGCUCCCAUAUGUUUUUUUUCAUACAGUGAAGCCCCACAAGCUUCAAUUGGAUUUUUUUCCAUAUUAUCUGCACAGAAGACAGUUAUACUUCCUCUCUACUUCCUCAUAGAGGCUUUGGAAGGGGACAACACAGAGGAAGGUCUGAAUGUCCUGGCCUAUGUUCUCAAGAAUGAGAAUAUGGCCUAACAGCAAGAGAAAAGUUGGACAGAGAAAUGAGGAGCAGCUACAUAUGAACUGAGUCUGCCAGACAGAAAGAAGAAGAAGAAGAUUUUUCAGUUAAACUUCCACAUCAACAUGCUGAGACCAUGGUGAGAAAAAGCUGAGAGUUGGGCAUGUGCCAUUGAGGAAGAUACUGCACCAACAGAUCAUCUGAGCCAACAACAACAGAUGUAGGUAAAGAGCUGAAUUACAACAAAUCUGUUCAGAGAGGAAUCAGGAAGACUGAACAUCACAGAACACCACAUCUGUCUUACAAAAGCAGGAUCUAUUCAACAGACAAACUGCAGGGUACCAGCGAGAUAGAUUCCUGAGAGAUGGAGGAAAUGUUGGAGCUGGAGGAGAUUGAACUGUCCAAAAGUAUCCCAGUGGUAUUGGUUCCAAAAAAAAAAGUAUGGAGGACUACAGUUUUGUGUGGACAUUUAAAAAUUCAGCACAGUAUCGGAUUUUGACCCUUGCCUGAUGCAGAGAGCUGACCAACUGAUAGAGAGGCUGGGUAAAGGUUUUAGCAUUACGUAUGUGUAAAAGAUACUGGCAGAUACCAUUGUGUCAAGCAGCAAAGGAGCUGAAUGCUUUCUGUGUGCCCAGUGAGUGGCCUAUACCAUGUUAAAGUUAUGUAGAUUGAGUUAAAUGGAGCUACUGCAAAACAUUUCAAAGACCACAAGUCGAUGAGGUGGAGGCCAUCAGAGGAAUACCAGCACCAAUCCUUGAGGAAGGUGAAAUUCUUUCUUGGGCUAGGCAAAUGGUAACGGGGGUUUAUCUCCAACCUUUUCAGCCAUGCACUGCUACUCACUGAUCUGACCAAAAGGGACAAACCCCCAAAGAUCAAGUGGACACAGGAGAGUGAAGCAGCCUUCCAAGACUUCCACGCUUGUGCUCAGAGCCAGUUCAUCAGAGCCCAUAUUUUUUAUUAAAAAUUUUUUUGUUGAACUGACAGAUGCAUCAGAUAGUGAAACCGGAGCAGUGUUACUGCAGGGUGAGGGUGUUGACCUGAGGCCAGUGCAGUGUAUUUAGCCAGAAAUUGUUUCCAAUAAAGACUGGACACUCUAUGGUGGAGAAAGGGGCCCUUGUACAAGGAGAGAUAUUGUUAAUUAAAACUGGAAAAAUGUAUUUACUGGUACAUUUUAUAAGGUACUUACCUUAUUUCCUAGACUGUAGUUGAAACUAGGAUAGUUAAGUGGCUGCUGGAGCUUAGCCAAUGGGUAGCUGUUGGGCUAAUGGAGUCGGUUUGAACUGAGAAUAAUUUUUCUUCUUUACCCUAGACUGUAAAUAGUAUUUGUUUGUUUGUUUGUUUGUUUGUUUUUGUCUGUUGGUCACACAGGACUUGUGCAGUCUAUAUGUAGUGAAUCCACUCUCUGAAUCCAUUCAAACAUCACACUCCAUCACAGUCAGUAAAGAAAGUAACAUACUGCAUAAUAGACCACUUUUCAGACAAAACAUUAAUGCUUGCUGUCAAGUAUUACCUACAAAAACAGAAGUGUGGCAGUCAAAGUGGGCAGAAGAACUGUAGCAGGCUCUCCAAGAUGUUUAGAAAAACUUACCAGUCAAUGAUCUCAUAAAACUGCACAAACCUGGGACUAAUGUGUACUGUGUACCUAAGACUACUGAUGCGGAUGGUUGUCACACCAAAUAUUUCUUUAAUUUAGUGCUGUCUACUGCUCUUUUUAGUAUUUUUUUUAAUGUUGAAAAUGUUUACUUUCAUUAUUUUUGAAGGCAUUUAUGCUUUACAGCAUUUCCUAAGACUUUUACACAGUAUCCAAUUAUAUAUUUGUCUGGCCAUCUGUUUGCAUUAAAAUUGGAAAAUAUCCAAUUAUAUGUGUAGGCCUAUAAAUACCAUCGUUUACAAUGUUGAUAAGCCAUGCCUCUCAUACUUCUCUCAUAUUUUUCUAUUUAUUAUCUGCUUCAUACAUGGGCUCAUAACUGUCUGUUGAUACUCACUCAGUAAAUCAUGGUCCAGCCCCUGUGCUGCAGUAGCCCUUACUGCACCAAAGCCAUGAAGGACAGAUUAUAUUAAAGGUCAGAAAUGCACUGGCUUGAGUAGACUUUCAAACCAAGAUAUUUUAAUUCCCUGAUUAAUGGAGUGAGAACCUCUCACACAGUAUUUCUCACCACUACAGACAAUCUCAAUCUCCAUUCCAACACAUCACACUCCAAACUGCAUUGCAGUCCUUAGUUAGGGCAGUAAACUACAGAAAACUUACCAUCCAAACCAGCACAUACUCAUCCUGUCAGUCACACAAAUCACCCAGUAGAAUGUUAACUUUUUAUUUAGGCAGCAAUGAUUACUAGAAAAGCUGUAGUACUGCAAGUACAUUGUCAAGUAUACUUAGUUUACUUUUGAUAUACUAGUAUGUCUAAAUAUACACCUUCAUUUUAAUCUAUGCAAUGCACUCAGAAUAUGUUUAUUCAACAGAUCUAUUCAGUCUGCCUUUACUUAAAUUCAUAUUUAUUAUUAUUUUAUUUUACUAUACGGCACUUUGGUUGACACUCAUGCUGUUAAAAUAAGAGUGAUCUGAGAUGACUCGUGACACAAACAGAACCAAUUACUUUUUUAUUUCAAGUUUUGUUGUGCAGAGAGUGCGUAAGUGCUCUUCUCUGUUUUGAUGAUGAUGACAUUUUAGGAGUUGGGUAUCUGAUUACAAACUGCAGUGGUAAAGUAUUCAGCUUGUCUUUGAGAAAUUUUGCUAUACAGAGGCCAGCAAUCCACUGUGAGUUCAAAAAAAUGUUUAAUCACCCGCCCCAAAACAAAACAAGUGUACUUUCAAAUUUAUAUACUGUUUAUGCCUAGUGUAUUAAUAAUACUUAUGUAUUCUUUAAUGUGAAUAUAGUGUAAUGUUAUGUAAUGCAGAGGUAACAUAUGCACACUAUUACAGAGUACUAUGCUACAAAUCACAGUUUAGUCUGCACCAAGAAAAGAACUACACUAUUACAAAAAAAAGGCUCUAAAGAUAUCAGAAAAUGUUCUUUGUCUGUACGAAUAGCAGAAUUCCUUUUGUUGCAAUAAAUAUUUUCAAAUAGUUCUUGAAUGAAUCCUAUUGAAUGAAUACUAUCCUAACAAUUAUUGCUAAAUGUGUGUCAAAUGUUAAUAUUUUCUACUAUAUAUAGUGCUGAAAACUACUGACUUUGCUGAUCUGAAAUCAGUAUCUUACUUGCAUGUAUUUUUAUGCACAAGUGAAAAUGGAGAAAAUUACUUUUAAAGAUUUAAUUCAAAUACCACUGAAAGGUGCCCCACCUGUUUAUACAUUUACAACCAAAUCUACUAAAACAAAAUGACUAUAAGUUUACAACAGGAAAUGAGUUAUCACUUAGCUUAUUAACAUCAUCGACAUCAGUCUCUGUCUCAUCACCAAAGUCAUUUAAACACUUUUGGCAUUUAAACAUGAGCCUCAUCAUUGCCUGUUCACUCGAAUGAUGUCUGUCUGAGCUAUAGAGAGUGUGUAAGUGCUCUUCUCUGUUUUGAUGAUGAUGACAUUUUAGGAGUUGGGUAUCUGAUUACAAACUGUAUUGAUUGUGUCUUGUGUCUAUUUUCACUACAGCACAUAACUAUCCAACUGCAAUCUUAGCACGGCAUUCAAUGUGUGAGAAAAGCACAAUUAGGUUUUAGACACCUUUGGGCAGACUGGCUAUUUUACUGCUGCAUUUUUUUUUUUUACAUGUGUUGUUUACUUAUUUCUUGUAUUUCUUCUACACAAAUUAUGACUUGUGAAAUUUGAUGGUUACAUGCAUACGUUUUUAACCAAGACCACUAAGCUAGUAGGGGCCUGUUAUACUGUAUGACCUUAUUGAUACAAUGAACUGGCAAACUGGAACACAAAACAGCUUUGAUGAGGACAACAAUGUAAAAUACCUUAAGUCUGAAGCUUUAUCAUGGACCUGUUUUAACUUUAAUUAACAGGAACACAAACAACAAAAAGUCCUACUAACAACCAAUUUCAUGGAUAUGUCACUUCGACUGGAGGCUUGUGGCAAAUUUGUUGGAGAUGGAGGAGAUGAACAACCUCUGAGUGGAAUCACCUAGUCAUUAUUAUGAAUUUACCAUAGCGCCAUCAUAACAUGAACGCACUAUGGAUGUGUAUACACACAUACACAACAACACAAAAUUCUUAUUCACAGGACCAUCUGUGAUCUUUUUUUAGCACUCAGUGAUUUUUUUUAACCUAGGCACUGUGACAGUAUUGUUGCACUGCACAGCCCUGUGACUGAUUCUAAGUUUGAGUUUGAGGAAAGUAUCCAUGUCUCCAU